ACACACUCACUAACUAUAGAUAGAACCAUCUAGAGACCUAUAGAAUAUGUCAAUGGCUGCUGCUAGCUCCCGAUCUUUCUCCUUCUUCUUCUCAUGGCUACUUCUUCAUUCACAUGUUCAUGUUCAUGCAAUAUUUGAGUUCAGAGAAGCAACCGUGAACGAAAUCCAAAGCGCUUUCUCGCGAAACGAGAUCUCGUCAAAGCAACUAGUGAAGUUGUACAAAGACGAGAUUCUUAGAAGAAACCCUAUACUCUGUGGCGUAGCGGAUCUGAAUCCGGACGCAGAGUCUGAGGCUGAGAAAGCCGACGAAGAACGUGCGGCGGGGAAAGGAGGGACAAAAUUGAGCGGAGUGCCGGUGUUGAUAAAGGACAACAUUACGUUCAAGAAGAAGCGGAUGAGUACGACGGCCGGUUCGUAUGCGCUUGCCGGAUCGGUGGCGGCGGAGGACGCUUUUGUGGUGAAGAAGUUGAGGGAGGCUGGGGCCAUAAUUAUUGGCAAAGCCACCUUGAAGGAGUGGUCUGGUUUUAGGUCUUCCAAUAUGCCCGGUGGUUGGUCUGCCUACGGUGGCCAAGCCAAGAACCCUUAUAACUUGAGCAAUGAAGUGUGUGGAUCAAGCAGUGGAUCAGCAAUAUCGGUGGCAGCAAACUUUGCAACGGUGUCAUUAGGGACUGAAACAGAUGGCUCAAUAAUUUGUCCUUCAUCUUACAACUCAGUCGUUGGAAUCAAACCCACCGUUAACCUCACUAGCAGAUCUGCCGUGGUCCCUGUUUCUCUAAGACAAGAUUCCGUUGGGCCUAUAGCUAGAACGGUGGAAGGUACUGUGAAUGCAUCUACACACAUUCCAGAGGGUGGCUACGCUCAAUAUUUGAAUCCUCAUGGCCUACAAGGAAAAAGACUUGGAAUCUUGAGAUACCCUAAUUCUUUUAAUAUUAUUUUUCCUGAAAAUUCUAUGGAGAAUGCGACAUAUCAACAACUCUUCCAAGUAAUGAGGGAUCAAGGUGCGAUACUUGUGGAUGACAUAGUAAUUGAGAAGAGUGAAGAAAUUUAUGAGAAUGCAAUGAUAGCAUUGUUAGCUGAGCUCAAGAGAGACUUGAAUUCUUAUCUGCAAAAUCUCGUCUCUUCACCUGUGCGAUCCUUGGCAGAUCUCAUAACCUUCAACCAUCAACACAACAUGCUAGAGAAAAUAGUUGACUAUCCACAAGACAUGUUUAUAAAAGCAAACAAGAACAAUGGAAUAAGCAAAGAAGUUCAAGAAGCAAUAUCAAAUCUAGAAACACUUUCCGAAAAUGGGUUUGAGAAGAUGAUGAAGGAGAAAAAGCUUGAUGCAUUAAUAUAUGUGGGACAAAAAUUGGUUCCAUUUUUAGCGGUUGGUGGUUACCCAGCAAUAACAGUGCCGGGUGGAUACAACAAUGAGAAGAUGCCAUUGGGUGUUUCCUUUGGAGGAUUAAAGUAUUCAGAACCUACUCUUAUUGAAAUUGCUUAUUCUUUUGAACAAGCUACCAAGAAACGUAGGCCUCCUCCUAAUGAUUUAAUAGUAACGCAAGUAGCACAGAGAAGUAUUAUCAGCUUAUAAUUAAUUUAAUAAAUUUGGAUGAAUUGAAAUGGUGAAUUACUAAUUAAAAUUAAUGUCUGAUAUAUAUUGAUACUCACACAUUAGGUGAUGAGUACAAAAUUGGAGAAGUCGUAUCACUUUGUCAUCUUCAUUAUGAGAUGAAAGCAGUUAAAUAAAUAAUAUAGGGUAUUAGUGUUGUGAAUGUGAAUAUGUAAGUUUAGUUAAAUGAUUGUUUGAAGAAGCUAUUGGA